CAAAAACAAUUGUUAAAUGAAGUAUUUUACAAGGAUCCAGAGCAUGUUCACGAACCCAUCUCACAUGCUCUCUCUGAAAACUCUGAACCUUCCCUCUCUGCCACAUACCUACACUAUCAUACAAAACCAUCGUCUCCACUUCCUAUUCCUACGAUCCAUCAUCAUCUCUCUCACUCACUCAAAGCUUUUUCCCAUAUGGCAAGUGGCUUAACCGGUAGCUUCCUUUCUACUUCUUCAACUUACUUUCACCUCAAUUCAUGUGGGUUCCUUUUCCUUGAGCUAUUCAUCCAAACAGGUGGGCAAUAAGCUGCAAUUUAAAGCUUUUGGGUAGUAGCAGUAGUAUGGUGGACCAUUUAUUAUGGUAUUGAUAGCUACUCAUCAGAAAAAUUGGAAAUCAUGGAGAAAAGUAGAUUGCUUUGCUUUCCUCUUAUUAUAGUCCAUGUUUGCUGAUGUGAUUGUUUCUCUCCAUCCAUAGCAGCUUAGUGAGAUUUCCAAUUGGCAAAGAUGGGGAAGAGGGGGAAAUGGCUGAAGAAUUUAUUGACCGGGAAGAAAGACAAGGAUAAGGAGAAGCAGAGAGGUAAUUUUGACAAUGGAGAGAAGGAGAGAGGUGUUAUUAGUUGUCAGGAAUCUACUGGUAAUGGUGUUGAGAAUCCAGCCACCACUCCAAUUUGUCAUCCACCGACUACUCCCAAGGAGAAGCGGAGAUGGAGUUUCAGGAGGUCAUCCGCCACAGGGAUGGCCAAUCCGGGAGAUCAGGCAUCACCUUCUGCCGCCGCUGCCACACCGCCGGCUCAAUUGGUUCCCGAGGAUGAUCAGAAGAAGCACGCCAUGGCCAUGGCUGCAGCCACAACUGCUGCAGCAGACGCAGCAGUGGCUGCUGCCGAGGCUGCAGCUGCUGUCAUCCGGCUGACUGCCGAGAGGAACAGCGCAAUUGAAGAGGCUGCCGCUGUUAUGAUUCAAUCCGUGUUCCGAUCUUACUUGGCAAGGAAGGCACUGCGGGCAUUGAAGGGAUUGGUGAAGCUGCAGGCCCUGGUGAGAGGCCAUCUGGUGAGGAAACAGGCCACUGCCACGCUCCGCUGUAUGCAGGCACUCGUGGCGCUCCAGGCCAAAGCCUUAGCUCAGAGGAUUAGAACGUCGGAGGACGGGAAGCCACCCGUCAGUGGCGGGCAGAGGCCGUACUCUUCGCACAGGAGAUCGACCCAAGAGAAUCGAUACAGACCCGCUAAUUAUGAUUCCGACAGAGGCGGCAUGGAGGAGAACAUCAAGAUCGUGGAAAUGGAUCUGGGAGCUUCGAAGGGAAGCACCAAGAGCAGGAACAGCUACUCCUCCUACACCCCGCCGCAACCCGAGAGAGCAGAUCGCAGAUUCUCCAGUAAUUUCGCGCAAUCGGAUCUCCAGGAGAUGAGCCCUAGAGCCUGCAGCGGCCAUUUCGAGGACUACUCGUUCGGCACCGCGCAGAGCAGCCCGCAGAACUACUACUCCUCUACGCCGAAACCCGACCUCCCGCCGUUCGCGUUCCCCCGACCCGAUUACCCGGAAUCGAUGCCGUACGAUUGCAAUCAGUUCCCGAGCUACAUGGCGAACACGGAGAGCUCGAGGCGAAAGGUCCGGUCCCAGAGCGCGCCCAAGACCCGGCCGCCGGACUCGUACGAGCGGCAGCCGAGCGCUACCCGUCGGCGGGCGUCGCUGGAAGGGAGGAACGUCCCGCGCGCGGUGCGGAUGCAGCGGUCGUCGUCGCACGUCGGCGCCGCCGGGCAGAAUUACCAGUUCCCGUGGGCGAUUAAGCUCGACAGGUCGUCGGUUUCGCUGCAGGACAGCGAGUGUGGAUCUUCUAGUACCGUGCUUACCAAUACCAAUUACUGUAGAUCUCUUGUUGGAUUUGAUAUUCAGAAGCAUAGAUAGGAAUGAAGGAUAUGCGGUUUUCGUUACGAUGCAUAUGGAGAUUGGCUGGCGCGUAUUUUAUAUGUGCUUACGUUGUUGAAUUGUAUGUUCCAUCAUCAUCGUGUAUUGUAAGUGACCACCUUUGUGUGCCUAAUAACCGGAUUGAAAUUAAGAAAAGUAUAGUGACGCCGAAGGUGUGGUUAUUGUUUUCUUUGCUACAUGUUUGUGUGUAUAAACUGUAGAGCUAAGAGCUCUUUUCUUCUAGUGGGUUGGUUGUUGUUGUAAUCUUUUACUAGGUUUUCUUUUCCGCGCUCUGGGAUGGGUGUGCUAAUUAUUAUUAGUUAGUUAUUAUUAGUAUAUUAAAGCCGCAAGUAUGCGGCACUAUAGCAUACGAAAUUAUAGGCAAUUAUUAUCUUUUAACAGGUAAUUAGUAUAUUCUUUACCAAAUGUACUGUUCAUGAGAGGUAUUUAUCCCCUAC